GGGCGGGAGGCGCGCCGGUGCCUCGGGCGGGCUCCGGGGAGGAGGCCCGGGGAAGCCCUCGCUGCCUCCCUCCGCCAGGCGCCGGCCGGGGCGGGAGAUGCCGGGCUGAGCCCUGCGCGCUGCCGGGGAGGGAGCGGGACCUGCGGAGCUCCGGGAGCGGCGCUCCUACGGGGCUGGGCGGCCCACUGGGCGGCUUGAGCCCGCCGGGAUGCGCGGGAGCCGCCCCCGCCCCGCCGCUCCUGGGAGCAGGCCCGGAGGCGCCGGCCCGGCUGGGAAAGCGCGCCUGGCCCGCCGCCGCCUCCCCUGCCCGCCCCGACGCCGAGGGGCUGCAGGCGGCCUCGGGUGCUGCGGGCGGUCCCGGAGCGGGAAGGCCGGCUCUGUGCCGCGGAGCUGGGCGGCGGGCGGGCGGGCGGCCUGGGGGCGCGGGAAGGAGGCGCUGGGCGCGCGGCCUUUCCGGGCCAGCCUCGGGCCUCCCCCGCGGGCGUGCUGCGGCGCGCAGCCCGGCGGCCCUUCGCGUGCCCGCCGAGAGCCGCCCCGAGGGGCCCGGCGCGCAGUGGCUGCCUGGCCGGCCGGCUGCGGCGCCGCGACCAGACUCCUUCCCUCCCUCGCGCAGGUGACCUUCGACGAUGUGGCCGUCUACUUCUGCCGCGAGGAGUGGGCGCAGCUGGCGGACUGGCAGCGGGAGCUCUACCGGGCGGUCAUGCUGGAGAACUACCAGGCGCUGCACUCGUUGGGCCGUUUGUCAGUCAAACCCGAGAUCAUCAGCAAGAUUGAGCACGGGGAGGAGGUGUGCGUUGGAGAGUGCUGGAAGCCCCGCAGGUGGAGAAGGCCUCCGUCGAGCCAGUGGCUAGCAGGAGAUGGGAUUCGGAUGGUGGAUGAGGAAGAGGAUGGAGGGCCAGGCACCCCCCUGCAAAUCCCAGCCCGGCGAGGAAGGAAGAAGAAGGUCCACUCACAAGGAGUGGAGAAACAGGUGAGCCAGCUGAUGGGCUCUCCCGCCAAGGAGGCCCGUUCUCAGCCACGGGUGACGCUGAAGAUGAAUCCGCCCAAGUGCCCGGAGUGCGGCAAAAGCUUCCUGAGCAACGUGGCCAUGACCAUCCACAUCCGGACGCACACGGGGGAGCGCCCCUUCAAGUGCCACCUGUGCCCCAAGGGCUUUGCUUCCAAGGGGGACCUGAACCGCCACAUCCGGAGGCACUUGCGCGAGAAGCCCCCUGCCGCCACCAGCAGACCGCCCGCUGCCAAGGGCAAGAAGAGCCUGGCUGCCAAGCUUCAGCUCCUUCACCACCUGCAGCACGCCCCAGGGCCCAGGACGCCCCACACCUGCGACCAGUGUGGGAAGAGCUUCAACAAGAAGCAGAGCUUGCGGAAGCACCAGGGGACGCACUCGGCCGAGAGGCCCUUCGCCUGCCUGGAGUGCGGGCGCUGCUUCCGGCUCAAGCAGAUCUUGGUGGCCCACAUGCAGUCGCACGUCAAGGAAAGGCCCUUUGCCUGUCCCCAGUGCGGGAAAUGCUUCACUCAGGAGCGCAAUGUGAGGAACCACCAGCGGGUUCACACGGGCGAAAAGCCCUUUUCGUGCAUGGCUUGCGGGAGGUGCUUUGCGUAUAAGCAGCACCUUGUCAAGCAUUUGCGCCUCCAUACCGGCGAGCGGCCCUUUGCCUGCAAGGAGUGCGGGAAGACCUUCCGGGACAGGGCCACGCUGGUCAUCCACAACCGGAUGCACACUGGGGAGCGGCCCUAUCGCUGCCCCUUCUGCGGCAAAUCCUGCCGGCAGAAGCAGCACCUGAACAGCCACUUGAAAGUCCACCGCGGGGAGGAGCUCCCCACGGAAGCUGGCACGGACCUCACCCUCCGGGAGAAGCCCCACCAGUGCACCACCUGCGAGAAGCGAUUCAAGAACCGGAAGAUCAUGCUGGCCCACCAGAAGAUCCACGAGGAAGAGCAGCUGUCGAGGCGCAGCCCCCUUCCUGGCGGAGCAGGUCCCUCCCAAGGAGAACCCAUAGGAGCCGGUGCAAGCCUGAGGCGUCCCACUGCUGUCCAGCCAGCCCCGCCGGGUGCAAAGGUGUCUCUGGCGUGCCCCGACUGUGGCAGGAGCUUCUCCCAGCAGAAGUAUCUCACGCUGCACCGGAGGAGCCAUAGAUGAGGAGUGGAGCUGCUGCUGCUGAAAGUGAGAUCGUGGAGUCAAGUGGGAGGAAACGGGAAGAGAGGGUGACUUGCGGGAGUUGGUAAUGCUCCUCUGUGGGAGCUGCAGGUGCGCCAAAGCUUCCUCCCACCCCUCGCGCAGCUGUGGACAGCAGAGGACAAAUGUAGUCCUGGGUCUGUGGCUGGCUCCUCGUCCCUCCCCGGCUGGAAAGGAGUGCAUGGAAGUUCUUCUUCGCCCUCUUUGCUCCCCGAGGUCCCAGCGCAGCUUUCUCACCCCGGAAUGGGCACAAGCAAGUCUCCCUCCUCCCUGCCCUGGACUCUGGCUGAACAAAGACGAGCGCUGUUGACAGCAGUGACGGUCCAGAAGAAAAAGGCCCAAAGCCAAGAACACGGUCUUUGUAACAGCUUUUAACAGGACCGGCCCAAUGACACGCUACAGAGUUUUAUCCCACGCCUAGAGGAAAUGUUACUUUAAAAUAGGCAUAUGGAAACUAAGAGUCUCUUUCUUCCAAAGCAGCACUUGGGCAGCUGCACCACCAGUCUUCGACGGUAGUUAUUCCAGAUGUCAAGUGAAAACCUUUUAACCGGACCAAGAAUCACUCAACGUUAUCUUCCAAGAUAUUUAUUUAAAAUCCGUCUGAUUGCUCUAGUACUAAUUAAAUGAAUCACAGUGAUACAAAAACUCUAGUAUAUGUUAAUGAAAUUAGAAAUAAAAAGCAUACAUGUCAUUCCUUAUCCUAUGUAUAUUAAAUUUAAAAGAUAAAA